CCCAUUUCAUUUUUUUGACUGGAACCACCGUUCCAAUCACCUUCGGUGUCCCAUUUUUGGCAUGCAUCUGGUAGCAGAACAAACUCUGUAAAGUCCACACCCUUAAAUUGUUGUUUUCCAGCUAUCUCUAUCAGUUGUGAGUUGGAAGAAUCCAUGGAUUUCAAGCUUUGAAUGACGGGCGUCUUACAAAGUUACCUAAACUGAAAGCUAAACUGAAGAGGCAGAUGCAGCUCUGAGUACCAGAUUGAGUGAGCUGGUGUGUGCACUGCAUGUACAUGAAAACGCACAUGUUUUUGUCAUCACAUAGACUUAUUCUUGCAUAUUCCUGAGAGCUUUGCAAUUGAUGAAAAUUAAUUCGAGAACCAGAUGGAGCACCUUUACAGCACAGGAAUCAGUAACCCAUGGAAAGACACCUGCCAGUAAUGUUCAACUUUCCACAUGGUCUUCACGGGUGAAAAAAGUUUGCAAGAAGAGGAAGAAAAAACACCCACUGCACAGAAAAAGCCUAAUAAAUACCUCCACAAUCUAAAUCAAUAGCUGUGAGGGAAACAGAAGAAUACAGGGGGUAGAGGAAACUGAUUUUGUUAUCGCAGAGGAAUAAUGUGUGGUCUUUGGCACGUUUUGCUUUGGGCUCAAUAGAUUGUGAAUGGACUAAUAAAUCGUGACCAUAUGUUCAGUAAUGAUGACUGGAAGUAAAUAAGUUGAGGAACUAUGGGACAAGUCUGGGCAUUGAACUGAGCAAACCUCGUCGUCCUUCUUGAGUUAAGCAGGUCAUCAAACUUGCAUAUUCUUUCUCCCUCUCCUUUUUCCUCUUUUCACUUAGCGUGGUAUAAAUACUAAUUAAUUGAGCUCAUAAAUGUUAUUCAAAUAAAACAAUUGGAAUACUUCAUAUGUUUCCUUCUUGUACAGCUGCAAAUGUUGUGUCUGGAACUAUGAAUCUGUGCUGUAGACAAGCAUCAAGAAGGAAAGAUCCGAUCAAACAAGCAAGGAAAAUACCUAGAGAAAUAGUGAACCCAGGAAGUCAGAUUUUUAAUGCUGCUUCUCUUUCUUUUUUAGAUGAUUAUAUUUCUUCCUUCCUUGAAUUUUAGAAGAUUUUGAAAGAGUGCUUAUUUGAUGUGCUUUAAUUCUGGCAUUUGUUUUUUACGGUAGGAUGAAAAGCCUGUGAUUCCUUGUAGCAGAAAAAAGGGAAAAGUAAAGGAAAAACAGCUUGACAUUUUAGCCUGUUUCGGAGGAGAGAGAACUUCAUGGUUCACCUGAGGCAAACUUAUCUGCUUUGAAAGCCAAAAGCUUUAGAGCAUUUUUGAUUCCGCUAUAAAUGAAGAGGGGGUUUCUUUUUCAUUCGUGUGUGGCAGCAAAAAGUGGGAAAGCAGGCAAGAUAGCGUGAUAAACGGUUCAGGCUGUGUUGGGUCUCUGGUGGAAAAAAAGUGCUGCAAUGAAAAUUGGAUUGGCUUUGGAUUGCAAAAACUUUUGAGUCCAACGAGUGGUUCAGUACCAAGAGGGAUUUCCCAACUGGCCUGGCACACCAGUGCCUGCACAAGUUCGGGUCUGUUUCGCACGGUUUGUGUGCCUUUUUUUCCCUUUAUGCAAUCUCUUUCAGCUUUAGCAGCAGAAAUACAUCAGAUGGAAAAGAUAUGCCAGAGGGCAGCUUGGAAAAGAUGAAUGUCAUAUAUAUACAUAUAUAUGUAUGUGCGUGUGUUUAAAUUUCUGCAACUGAACUUUUGAAGAAAAUCUGACUGGAGGAAAUCUUAAAAGCCUUAAGUUACUUGAAACCUACACAUUUGCAACUCUUUGUCUCUGGAAUUGCAUUACGCUAAACUGGAAUCUCAGGCUGUAUAAAGAUUAUACCAAGUUGAGCAAAAAGAUGACUUAACCAUUUCUUGAGCGCCUCUUAUGAAGUAGCUGUUUCUCCAAAGGAUAAGUGCACCCUCACUCUACAGACUCAAAAACAAAAAUGAACGUGAAUUUUUUUUUAAGUGUUACUUUUUCUUAGCCAACUGCCAUCAUCUUUUAUAGAGGAAUUUUUCACUAUGCAUUUGGUGGAUAUUUAUAAACACUGACCCCAUCCUCCUCCCUUUCAAUGAUCUAUCCCAGGUCAGUCUUAUCAAUUAAAAAAAAAAAAAAAAUUGAUUUAAAUUUUGUGCACUAGACAUAUUACUUUCUUAUGUCAAAAAAUAAAAUAUUUAAAAAGCAUGUAUGCAGCAGUGGAACAUGGGCCUGUUCUUUGCAGCGAUUCCAACAUCCUCUGCCUCUCCUGGAAAGGGAGAGUCCCCAAAAGUGAGAAGGAGAAACCGGUGUGCAGGAGGCGGUACUAUGAGGAAGGCUGGUUGGCAACAGGCAAUGGCAGAGGAGUUGUAGGCGUCACUUUUACUUCCAGCCAUUGCAGGAGGGACCGGAACACCCCUCAGAGAAUCAACUUCAAUUUGAGGGGCCACAACAGUGAGGUUGUGCUGGUGAGAUGGAACGAACCAUUCCAGAAAUUAGCAACCUGCGAUGCAGAUGGAGGAAUAUUUGUUUGGAUACAAUACGAAGGCAGAUGGUCUGUGGAGCUUGUGAAUGAUCGGGGGGCACAGGUAAGCGACUUUACAUGGAGCCAUGAUGGGACUCAAGCACUUAUCUCAUAUAGAGAUGGAUUUGUGCUGGUCGGUUCAGUCAGCGGACAAAGACACUGGUCUUCAGAAAUAAACUUGGAGAGCCAGAUCACCUGUGGCAUAUGGACUCCAGAUGACCAACAGGUACUGUUUGGCACUGCUGAUGGACAGGUUAUCGUCAUGGACUGCCAUGGCCGAAUGCUGGCCCACGUACUCCUUCACGAGUCAGAUGGCAUCCUCAGCAUGUCCUGGAACUACCCCAGCUUCCUGGUGGAGGACAGCAGCGAGAGCGACACAGACUCUGACGACUAUUCCCCACCACAAGAUGGACCAGCUGCGUAUCCAGUCCCGGUGCAGAACACCAAGCCACUACUUACUGUCAGCUUCACGUCAGGAGACAUCAGUUUAAUGAACAACUAUGAUGACUUGUCUCCUACUAUCAUCCGCUCAGGGUUGAAAGAUGUGGUGGUACAGUGGUGUACACAAGGAGACCUACUUGCAGUAGCAGGCAUGGAGAAGCAAAGCCAGCUAGUUGACCUCAGCAAUGGUUCCCUGUUGAAAAGCGCGCUUGUCAAGUUCUACAAUGUGCGUGGGGAGCAUAUCUACACUCUGGAGACACCUGUGCAGCGUCCCAUCAUCUCCAUCUGUUGGGGUCACAGGGAUUCGCGCCUGCUGAUGGCUUCCGGACCUGCAUUGUAUGUUGUCAGAGUCGAGCACAGGGUCUCCAGUCUGCAGCUGCUGUGCCAGCAGACCAUCGCUAGCUGUCUGCGGGAUGACAAGGAUAUCAGCAAACUGACCCUGCCCCCUCGGCUCUGCUCGUACCUCACCACUGCCUUUAUACCAACAAUCAAGCCUCCUAUCCCAGACCCAAACAAUAUGAGAGAUUUUGUCAGCUACCCAACAGCUGGUAAUGAACGCCUUCACUGCACGAUGAAGCGGACAGAAGAUGACCCAGAGGUCGGUGGUCCAUGUUAUACUCUGUACCUGGAAUACCUUGGCGGAUUAGUGCCUAUCCUGAAAGGACGUCGUAUCAGCAAGUUGCGGCCAGAGUUUGUCAUCAUGGAUCCUAAAACAGAUGGAAAAGCAGAUGAAAUCUAUGGAAACAGCUUGAUUUCCACUGUGAUUGACAGCUGCAACUGCUCGGACUCCAGCGAUAUUGAACUGAGUGAUGACUGGGCAGCAAAGAAAUCUCCCAAAAUCAGUCGGGCUAGCAAAUCACCCAAGCUCCCUAGAAUCAAUAUAGAAGCUCGCAAAUCUCCAAAGAUGUCACGAGCUGCACAGGAGAUAUCAAGAUCACCAAGGUUACCAAUAAGGAAACCUUCUAUUGGUUCACCAAGCCUAACUCGAAGAGAGUUUCCUUUAGAAGAUAUUACUCAGCACAACUACCUUGCUCAGGUCACAUCUAAUAUCUGGGGAACCAAAUUUAAAAUUGUGGGUUUGGCCGCUUUCCUACCAACUAACCUUGGUGCAGUAAUAUAUAAAACCAGUUUGCUGCAUCUGCAGCCCAGGCAGAUGACAAUAUAUCUCCCAGAAGUGCGAAAGAUUUCAAUGGACUACAUUAACCUGCCUGUCUUUAAUCCAAAUGUUUUCAGUGAAGACGAAGAUGAUUUACCAGUGCCCGGCGCCCCUGGUGCCCCCGCCAGCAGCCCGCCGUGCACCGUCAACAUCCCCAUCGCCCCCAUCCACAGCUCGGCCCAGGCCAUGUCGCCCACCCAGAGCAUCGGCCUGGUCCAGUCGCUGCUGGCCAAUCAGAACGUGCAGCUGGACGUGCUGGCCAAUCCGCCGGCAGAACCGGGGGGCGAGGGGGCGGGACCGGCACCCUUCCCGGGGGCUCCAGGCCGGUUCCCCGGCCCUGGGGCCGGGGCGCUGGCCGGAGGAGCGCUGGCCGGGGGGGAACUGGGCCGCACCGCCCCCGCACCCCCUGUCCUCGCCCCACCACCCCCUGCGCCCCCCGCCAUCGCUCUGGCCGACCUGCGGGACCACAGCGACCGCGAGCACGAGCCCCCGCCCAAGGCCAAGGCCCCACGGCCAGGGCCACAGAUGGUGGAAGGAGAUGCUGUCGUCUUCGGGGCUGCCCAGGAGCUGCAGCUCAACAAGAUGAACCCCCCACCGCCCUACCCUGGCACCAUCCCCGCUGCGCCGACCUCUGCCCCGCCACCUCCACCUGGCCCCCCGCAGAUGCCCCUCGACCUCUGCCUGAAAAAGGGGGAGUUCUCCCUCUACCCGGCGGGGCACUACCAGACGCCCCUGGGGUACGAGCGGAUAACGACAUUCGACAGCAGCGGGAACGUGGAGGAGGUGUGCCGGCCUCGCACCAGGAUGCUCUGUGCCCAGAGCACCUACACCCUGCCGGGGCCCGGCAGCUCCGCCACCUUGCGCAUCACCGCCGCCGAGAAGAAGAUGCAGCAGCCCUGCACCAGCGCCACCCUGAACCGGCUCACGGUCCCCCGUUACUCCAUCCCAAGCGGGGACCCGCCGCCCUACCCCGACAUUGCCAGCCAGCUGUCCCAAGGCAGAAGUAUCGCGCAGAGGCUGGACAGCAGUAUCAUUCAUGCGACUCUGCGGAGGAACAGCAGAGAGGCAGCCCUGAAAAUGGCUCAGCUGGUGGACGGUCAGAGAGCCACCUUGCAACUUCCCCCAAAAGCCAAGAGCAGCGUUGUGACGGCGCAGUACCAGCAGAGAGUACCCACCGCCUUGUACACCUGCAGCCAAUGCAGCAGCGGCGGCGGUGGCAGCAGCAACGUGAGCACUGGUGGUGUGAGCAACAUCAGUAGUGCCAAUGCUAGUAGCAGUGCUUCCAGUAUUGGUGGCAUGAGACCUGAUCUGAGCACGGGGAGUGGCUCCCAGCACAGCUCCGUCAUCGCUCACUCUGUCAGUACUUCGCCUCUGGCCUCCCAGUCCUCCUACAGCUUGCUGAGCCCGCCUGACAAUUCCCGUGACCGAGCAGAUUAUAUCAACUCCGCCUUCACAGAGGAUGAGGCCCUUUCUCAGCACUGCCCAGUGGAGAAAUCAAUACGUGGGCAUGUACCCGUGGCCUUGACGGAGGCUGCCCUCAGCGUAAAACGGCCACCACCAUACCAGUGGGACCCUAUGGUGAGUGAAGAGAUAUGGGUUCCUCAGGAAAGGACAUCUCAGAGCUCAGUGCCCAACCCUCUAAAACCUACUCCUCUCAUCAUCGGUCAAGCUCAACAUCUAGAUAUGUCUCGAGUGCCGUUUGUUUCCCCUAAGUCUCCAACCAGUCCCACUGCCACUUUCCAGACAAGUUACGGGGUUGGAGUACCUUACCCAGGAAGCUACAGUGCCCCUCCCCUUCAGGGAAUGCAGCCCCCCUGCUCCCCCAAAGAAGCUCUGGCCCCAACACAGUUUGCACAGCAGGAACCCACAGUUGUGCUUCAGCCAGGUUAUCCAUCCAACCUCUCCUAUUGCCCUUUGCCACCCAUGUACCCGGGAAGUAGCGCCUGCUCUAGUUUACAGCUGCCGCCAAUCGCCUUGCACCCGUGGAGCUCCUACAGCACCUGCCCACCUGUACCGAACCCCCAGGGCACAUUGCCCCCCAAGCCGCUCCUCGUGGUGGAGAAGCCAGUGAUGUCUCCCCCACCAGCAGAGCUGCAGGGACAUGUGGGCACAGAGGUAAUGGUGGAGACAGCAGACACCUUCCAGGAGGUGCUCUCCUUGACGGAAAGCCCUGUUCCUCAAAGGACAGACAAAUUCGGCAAGAAGAGCCGGAAGCGCCUGGACAGUCGAGCAGAGGAAGGAAAUGUGCAGGCUAUCACUGAGGGCAAGGUCAAAAAGGAGGCAAGGACGCUGACUGACUUCAACUCACUGAUAUCCAGCCCUCGGCUGGGGAGAGAAAAGAAGAAAGUCAAGAGCCAGAAAGACCAGCUGAAGUCCAAGAAGCUAAACAAGACGAAUGAGUUUCAGGACAGUUCAGAGAGUGAGCCAGAGCUUUUUAUUAGUGGGGACGAACUGAUGAACCAGAGCCAGGGCAGCAAAAAGGGUUGGAAAACUAAAAGGAGUUUGAGGACAGCCAGUGAGCUGGAUGAAUUCAAGUGCCGGAAGGCCAGCGAGAAGGAGGAUGGGAGGCUGGGGAGCCAGGGCUUUGUGUACGUGAUGGCCAACAAGCAACCGCUGUGGAAUGAGGCCACGCAAGUCUACCAGCUGGACUUCGGAGGGCGGGUGACCCAGGAGUCGGCAAAAAACUUCCAGAUUGAACUGGAAGGACGACAGGUGAUGCAGUUUGGAAGGAUUGAUGGCAAUGCUUACAUUUUGGACUUUCAGUAUCCAUUUUCUGCAGUGCAAGCCUUUGCUGUUGCUCUGGCUAACGUGACUCAACGCCUCAAAUGAACAAGCAGAGACUGGAGAGAGGAAAAUGUUAACCUUCUCGUAAAGUCCAAACCGGAAAAUGUCAGGGCAGCCUGCUUUAGGUGUGCCGAGGUGCCUGGGAGCGAAGAAGGCAGUAAAACUGGAAUAGUCUCUUGGUGCCCAACAGAAGGGCAUUAACUCUAAUCAGUCAUGGGGUGGAGGGUGGGGGGGGCUGUUUUCUGUUUUGUUUGUUUGUUCGUUUGUUUGUUUUCAGGUGUUUUUCUUUUUUUCUUCUUAAGCUUUGUGCUGGGUCUCAGAAAGAGCAAAGGGUUGAGAGCCAUUCAGUGUUACAUGGAGAAGUGUGGCUUUUGGCUUGUUGUGGUGGUUCUGCCGUGUUUGCUACAGUAGCUGAUGUAAGCCCGUAGGGGGAUUAAAAAAGACUGCUCUUUUUGAUA